AUGGUUGAACCACGCCCCAUGAAGGAGUACACUUUGCCAACAAUCUCCAAUCAUCCAAGUUGCAUCGUGCUUCCACCAUGUGCCAUUGCUUUUGACAUAAAGCCAGGGACUAUUGCAAACUUACCCAUUUUCUUUGGCUUGCCAAGUAAUGAGCCAUACUUGCAUCUCCAAGAGUUCAAUGAAGUAUGCUCAACCGUUCAACUUUUGGGUAUUGAUGAAGGCAACUUGCAUCUUCGGCUCUUUCCCUUUUCAUUGAAGGACAAAGCCAAGAAAUGGUUGUACAAGUUACCCCCAAGUAGUAUCCACACUUGGGAAGAGAUGCAAAGGGUAUUCCUCAAAUUUUAUUUCCCUCCUCACAAGUCCAAUUCAAUGAGGAAUGAGUUGAUGAACUUUCGAGAGCUACCAAAUGAGUCAUUCUAUGAGACAUGUGAGAGAUUCAAGGAUAUAGAAGAUGGUGUUCCCAAUCAUGGCCUCUCUAAGGUAGCGGUUCUAAGUGCCUUCUACACCGGACUUUCACAAGACACAAGGAGGAGAGUUGACAAUGCUUGUGGGGGAUGUUUCAUGAACAAGAUCGAAGAUGAAGCGAUGAAGAUCCUAGAUGAAAUGAGUGAAUCUUCUAAACUCUUUGAUAGUGCCUCGGAUAGAAAGCCAAUGAUGAUGAAGAGUGCACAAGUACCUAUGAGGGAGCAAGAGCAAAGGAGAGGCAUGUAUAAUGUUGACAUUCCAAGUGUUCAAAUGCAACAAGAGUUGAAGCGGAUAGAAGGAGAUAUGCAAAAGAAGCUUGACAUGAUUCUACAAGCACAAGGAAGACCCCUCAAUCAAAUGGCAUCACCAAGCCAAAUUCGGGAGCCUAGUUUGGGAGUCAAAGCCAUGGAGCAAGCUUGCUUGAUCUGCGAAAGUGUGUAUCAUAGCACAACAGAGUGUUCACAAAGCGAUAUGUAUCCGGAAUUGAUAGAGCAAUGCAAUCUCCUUGACUACCAAACAAAGCUAAAGAAUGAUCCUUAUAGCAACACUUAUAAUCCCGGGUGGAGGAAUCACCCUAAUUUUGGUUGGGGUGGGAAUCAAAACCGUGAACAAGGUCAAGGUUACCAAAGGCAAAGAGGUGGAUAUCAAGGUGCAAGUAGCUCACAUUUCAACAAUCAAGGAGCACACAAUGCUUAUCAUGCUCCUAGACCACCUUAUCAAGCACCAUCUCAAUAA